AUGCCUUCUCCGAGGGAGCGAUCGCAGGUUACCGUAAUUUCCAAGUAAGAGCCUUUUUUAUGACCAAGCUUUCUUUUCUGCAGAAGUUCGAAACAGGUUAUGUCGCAGACUUCAGAAACAGAUUUUUCAUCAGGUUUCUGUAACAAUAAUUUUUGGACACGUCUUCUUUCAGAAGAAGAUUAUGAAGAUGCCAGCGAGUAUUUCACAGAAAAUUCAUCGGAAACAAGCGCGUGAGGACCUCUCAAAACGGGCUUCGAAAUCCUCCUUCUUCAGGAGGACGUCUUACUCUUCCGAAGUCACGGCCGACGACGUCAUCCGGAUGCCUCGAGUCGCCGUCUCCAAGGUGGGUCCUGCAGUCUCACAGAGGAUUUUCUUCUCGACCAGAAACUCAACGCUGUGAAUCCCAUCCGCACGCCAUUGUUUCUACGCGUUUGUCAAAAACAUGUGGCUGAACAAAGUUCUCAAAUAAAACAAUCGGAAAAAAUAAUUAAAGUUUUAGCGCGAUUGAGUCAGCCUGUGACGGUUGUGCUACAAGCUGACAUUUGGCACAAAAAUCAGGUGAUUACGGAUUUCUUCUAACUGCCUUUCAAUUUGUUUGAAUUUGAAGAAGAGAAAGUUUAAUAAGAUUUUCAUCUGAUAUCUCAUUUCGGGACAGAAAGAAACGGCGAGCUGUCUUUUGGUAGAGAGCCUCAAUUCGGCGACGUUCUGUAGUCGUGCUCUGGCCGCCAACAUGGCCUAUCGAGCCUCUCAAGUUUUGGUUUGCCGUCCUGGUGUCCAGACGGUAGAACACUGUGUACUGCCGACCGUCCUGCCAAUCAAGGUCCGCUUCUUUUUUCUUGAUCUCGAGAGAGCUCACUCAGUUUUUCAGCGCGGAUUCAUCGAACAGGAGGGCGAAUUGGUGCAGUUUCUGGCACGACCUCAAGGUCCGAUGUCCGCGAAAAGAAUGCUGCCGACGUGGCAGGCGGUGACCUUCACACUGGCUCUUGGCAAGCACGUGGCCGUCAAGUUCCGCGUUGUCGGAGCCAGGAAACGCGACGCCACCGUCGAGAAGGCCGACAAGCAGCUCUCUGUGAAGAUCGCCGCCUCAACGCUAUAUCGUGUCGCGCCGCAGAAGGCGCGACUCACCGUCUGCCACCAACCUGGCUUUUCUUUUCAGACUGUCGAGUUUUGGAAAGCCGAGAAUUCGCAUCAGCUACAGCUGUCGACCGUCGAGCAAAACGAUCCACAGCUGGUUAAAAGCAUUCGAUUCGAGCAAUUCAGAAAUCAACAGGUUUCUCCAAAGUUAAUGGAAAAUUUUUGGGUUCUAGAACAAUAAUCACUUCGAAAGCUCAGAAUUUUUAACCAAAAUGAAAACUUUUAGAUUUUUUUCCUGAUUCUCUUUUUAUUUUCCUUAUGGGACACCGCAAGCAAGUUGAAGUUAUUUAAAAUAAAAAAGCCAAAAAAAAGAUCAAACCCCUCUCACACUAUAUGAAAUGAUGAGAAAGGUAAUCGGCUCAUCGGAGUUAUGUUACAAAUUAAAUUUUACAAAUGCAACUGCACGUUCUCGUUGAUGUUUUUGGGCCGAAGUAAGGAAAAUAAAAAUGAUAAUUUAAAAAGUUUCAGAUUGAAAAUAUGACGAUGACUACUGAUUGUAAAGCUAUAGGCGACGGUAGUUUUCCAAAAAACUUGUAGAGAAUGGCCUGAAACUUUCAGAAGCUCCGAAAAGCGGUGCUCCUAAAGGAGAACUCGUGAUGGUGUGGACUGACAAAUGUACAACUACUGUUAGGUAUUUGGGUCUGCUGACGCAUUAUGAAUUGCCGCAGAACUGAGUCGACGUCUGCGAACUUGAAACCGCCGCAACCGAAUCCGACGCAGUCGAAAUUCAAGCAACCAAAGAUCGCAGAGUUGAAGUCGACGCCGAUUGGUGGACAGCAGGAGCAGAAAGCAGCGAAAAAGGACAAAAAGUUGAAGAAUAUCAAAACUUAACAGUUUUUCUUAUGUGGCCAUUCAUACAAACUCAAUUAUUAGGUUGAGGUUUUAAACGCGAUAAGACAUUCUCAUGUUUUUGUUUCUGAAUGAAGUCUUUAAAUUUUGCAAUGUGCUUUGUAAUUUGUUUGAACUUGUCUAGAAGAGUUUGCCCUGCACUUUAUUCUUUGAUGGAGAAACUACGCCAUUGGGCGAUAAGAAAAUCAAAAAGUUCCUGAUAAAAGCUUUUGGCUAGUGUAUUGAUGAUUUUCGCUCCCGGAGUCGUCGCUUUUUUCGCUUUGGCUUUGACGUCUUCUGCCGGUAUGUCUUCAGAAGCUCAGAGUCGACGUUUUCUGGAUGUUCAGAAGCAUGUCAAGCGCGAGAGUACAAAUCGGGAACCGUCUGCGUUUGCAACCCUUCUUUUUGUGAUGAAGUCAGUAAUGUUGCUUUGAGAAAGGAGUUUAUAUUUUUGAACGGUCGCAAUGGAGAAAAGGUUGGUCUAGGUACCCGCCUUGGACAUAACCAUGGGUCAAGGCGCCCUUUACACGACUUCCAAGUCCGGAAAACGACUUCAACGAGAGGUCGUUUAUCCUUCUGACGACACCCCAUGUAUGGACUUUUUCUUGCUUGAGUUUCAACCGCAAAAAAUUAUUUGCAGUAGCAACUUUGCACAUGACUAUCGACUCUAACAAAAAAUAUCAGCAGAUACAAGGAUUUGGAGCUGCUUUCACCGACGCCGUUGGUACUUUUCAAAUUAAUUUCAUGUUUUUUUUUCCAAUCUCAGAAACUUUGUAUAACUGAGUAUAUAUUCAAUUUGAAAAGCUAAGUGACUUACUUAACCUAAAUCCGUCCGAAAAAUUGUUUAUUUCAAAAGAGGUAAUUUUCCAACUCGGUUUAAUGAUUUUGCAUCUUUUAUAAGGAAUUGUAAAGAAUAACUUGAGAGUUUUUACAUUUGAUAUUUUUUUGCUUUUCUUCCGUACAAGAUAAUUUCAUCUGUUACUUGUUUAAAACUUCCAUGUUUGUCUCACUUAGGAGCGAAUCUGAAGAGCUUGCCCGACGCUUUGGCCCAACAGAUCAUCCAGCAGUACUUUUCUCCUGAUGGUUUUCCUUUACAUUUCCUUUUCCUCUUGUCAGUAUGAAGUUUCAGGCCUUUCUUAUACUUUUGGACGCGUUCCAAUGGCCAGCAACGACUUCUCGACGAGAGUCUACAGCUACAGCGACGUGGACAAAGACUUUUCACUACAAAAUUUCAAUCUUACGAAAGAAGAUUUUCAGUGGAAAGUAGGUUUUUUUCUCGAUGAACUAUCCAAACGUUACCUCCAGAUUCCCUUCAUUAAAUUGGCUCAGCAGUUUUCUAACAACCAAUUAAAACUUAUUGGCACACCGUGGAGUGCUCCAGGUAAUAAUAUCAAUAGUUUUCGAUGAAAAUUCAAUUUUUAGGCUGGCUCAAAUCGACGAAACAGAUGCAAGGACCGGGAAUACUUCAGGGAUCUGCUGGAGAUGAGAACCACAAAACAUAUGCCGAUUACUUCGUUCGGUCAGGCUUUCCAUCUAAUUCUCUUCAUUAGACGCUUUCAGGUUUCUAGAAGAGUACAAUAAACAAAGCAUUCAGUUUUGGGGCAUCACUCCCCAGAAUGAACCUUCUUCUGGUAACGAGAAGUCGAUCAAGUGGCAGACCAUGUACUUCACUCCCGAAAUGCAGAGGUUUUUCCUUUCAAACUGAAAGUUUUUCAUCAAGAACUUAGGGACUUCGUGAAAAAAGAUCUUGGACCAGCGCUGAAGGCUUCCGAUGUGGCGAAAAAUGUCAAGUUGAUAAUCAUGGAUGACAACCGCGGAAAUUUGCCAAAAUGGGCCGACGUCGUUUGUUUUUUUAAAAAUUAAACCUGACCUCCAUCAGAACUUGUACAUGGGGACAGAAACCGAUUGAAGGUGAUGAAAGACGCGGAAGCAGCGCAGUACGUGUCUGGCGUCGGCUUCCAUUGGUACGACGGCGACUCGGACAAGCAUCUCGAAGAAACCAACAAAAAACAUGGACAGCUCUUCCUUCUUGGCACACAAGUAGUUCCUUUCCAAGAACAAAUUGUAGAAUAAUGGUUGAGGCUAGCGCUGGAUGGAAACCAAAGGAUACAAAGCCUCUCCUUGGCUCUUGGGAUCGUGCUGUCGACUACGCUUCUGACAUACUAGAUGUUAGAUUCUUUUUUGGCUUACUCAUGAAAUAUCCGAUAAGGACUUGAACAACUGGGCGACUGGCUGGAUUGACUACAACAUGGUCCUAGACGGUCAAGGCGGCCCUAGUUGGGCUGGGAACUACGCGGACGCACCGAUUAUCGCUAUGGCCAGCGCUUCCGAAUACCUGAAGCAACCUACCUGGUACGCCAUGGCGCACAUCAGGUAUCUUCGAUAGGUGAAGCCAAAAAAAAGAAAGAUAUUUAGCCGGUUCAUCCAACCAGGAGCUUUCUGCAUCGACCACAGCUUUGAUCUCAUCGAACUGAAUGUGAAAUCAGCUGCUUUUCUCAAUCCCGAUGGCUCAAAAGUUGUCGUCGUCCUAAAUACCGGCGCGGUGAGACCAAAUUGGAAGAAAAGACCUCCAAUGAAGUGUUCAGAUCAAUUCCCACACGAUUGUCCUGCACGAUGCUCAGUUGAGCAUCAAUCACUACAAGUUUGUCGUCGGUACUCACACUUUGGCAACUUUUAUCAUACGGUAG